UGAGAGUAAGUUGUUGUUUAGUAGUGCCGCCGGGAGUCGGUUGUCCAAGUGGAUUUUUUGUGGCUGGCGGACAACAACAAUUUCCUUAUUUAUUUGUGUUUGGGCGGAAGUGUCCAAAAAGUUGCCUGCCCUCUGCCGAAGCUGGGCCAGUUCAUUCCGUGAGCACAGCAUCCUUGGGUGCAGUCGAGUCUGAGUCAUUAGUCCUCGAGGCGGUCGCAGCGAGCGUGGAUAGCAAGCGUGAAGUGUAAUGCGGUGCGAGCUGAGUGCGGGAUCUGGUUAGGGCGCGCACCCGAGUCCUUUCUGCCUAAUGUUUACUCCUGGCUGCCAAGUGUAACUUUGCCGAGACCCGGUCAGGACCGAGCACCGCCGCCGCCGUUCGCGAUAAACAAGGAAGUGAUUAUGACGCAAUCUGUUGGUGGUCGCAGCCAAACAAUUUGCCCCCAGUGCUAAGUGCGAAUGAUCUUCUGGUUCAGUGCCGUGCCAAGUGUCCGCUCCUGUACUUUGUGUUCUAAUUGAGACUUUACCAGUGGCUCGAAAUGUCGACAGAGACGCCGCCUCCACCGCCGAAGAGCCUGUCGCCUGUCGCGGCAGCGCCAACAGCCUCAGAGAAGGCCCCACGAUCCAAGACCCCUUCGUCGUCUCCGGCGACCCCGCAAGACAUGUCUUCGCGCCAGUCGCCCACGAACUUGCCCUCUGGAUCCGGGUCGGCUGGGUCCUCGCAACAGCGGGAGUUUCCCUCGCCUGAGACCGCAGCAGCAAGGUCCACCCCGACCGCGUCUUCGCAGCCGGGAUCCCAGCAGUUCUGCCUGCGUUGGAACAAUUACCAGACCAACCUGACCAGUGUCUUCGAUCAGCUGCUUCAGAACGAGACGUUCGUGGACGUGACCCUAGCCUGCGACGGGCAGUCAAUCAAAGCCCACAAGAUGGUCCUCUCGGCCUGCAGCCCCUACUUUCAGGCCCUGUUCUUCGACAACCCUUGCCAGCACCCGAUCAUCAUAAUGCGCGACGUCAAGUGGCCCGAGCUGAAGGCCAUUGUGGAGUUCAUGUACAAGGGGGAGAUAAACGUGAGCCAGGAUCAAAUUGGACCGCUCCUGCGGGUCGCAGAAAUGCUCAAGAUCCGCGGACUGGCUGAUGUGAAUGGCGACCCGGACGGGAAUUCCGACGGCAAAGCCAAGACGGUGUCGUCCUCGACAGCUGGGACCCCGGAAGUGGCCGUGAAGAAGGCCCGCGUGGCGCCACGAGAAUGGGAGCUGAGCAAUGUAGACGGAAGUGGUGGUAACGCCAGGACUCGCAAGCGGCGCUGGCCCUCCUCGGACAACUGCAAUGCCAGCACCGGCAGUCCCCUGAGCAGUGGCCUGGGAAGUGCGUGUGAAAAUGCUCCGACACCCGAUCCACACUUGGAGGCCGCGUCUCCUGUUGCAACCGCAGCCAACUCAUCACAAGGACCCAACCAUCCGCAAACCCCGACGCCCAACGCCAUGCCUUCCUUCCCGAUCCCGACUCCGCUCGAGACAAUGGGUUUAUCGUCGAUGGGAAUGAGCCACGCGGAUGACAUGGAAAUCAAGCCUGGGAUAGCCGAGAUGAUCCGCGAGGAAGAAAGGACAGGCGGUAGAUGCAACAAGGCAAAACUUAUGGAAAAUUCGCACGCGUGGCUUGGAGCAUCAACGUCGUCUAUAGCAGAUAGUUACCAAUACCAAUUGCAGUCAAUGUGGCAGAAAUGUUGGAAUACAAAUCAAAACUUAAUGCAUCACCUGCGAUUUCGUGAACGCGGACCACUUAAAUCAUGGCGUCCAGAAACUAUGGCCGAAGCAAUAUUUAGUGUUUUAAAAGAAGGACUAUCGCUUUCACAAGCUGCCCGAAAAUAUGACAUUCCAUACCCAACUUUUGUUCUAUAUGCAAAUCGAGUACAUAAUAUGCUAGGACCUUCCAUAGAUGGUGGUACCGAUUUGAGGCCUAAGGGUCGAGGGAGACCGCAACGUAUAUUGUUGGGAAUUUGGCCGGAUGACCAUAUCAAAGGCGUUAUAAAGACUGUAGUAUUUAGAGAUGCAAAAGAUUUAAAAGAAGAUGGAAUGCACUUAUCAUAUGGUAGACAUUCGCCGGUUUUUCCAUUUCAAGAAGGACAAAUGAAUUAUCCCGGAGCUGCAUGCGCUAAUGGACUUCCACAACAGCAAGCAUCUUCAAAUGCAGAAACAAUGACACCAGAAGCUACAGCAGCAGCAGUGGCGGCAGUCGCCCAUGGUAUCCGACAACAAAUGCAAAUGGUAGCUGCAGCUCAACAUCAUCCCGAAGCACAAGCCGCCGGACUGUUCAAUUUACCCCCGCAUAUGCAUACAAAUAACGGAGGUGUGCCGAUACCUAAACAAACUUCCCCUGCAUCGAGUUCUCAAAGACAUACUUCGCCCUCGAUACCUGGUCUUUCGAAUACGUCAGCUAUGGGUAUGUCAGGAAUUCCUGGUAUUCACAUAAUGCCCGGAUUAGGUUCAAAUCCUAGUGCAUCAACAAAUUCUUCGUACACUUCCAAUGCCAGUAGUCAACAAGCCCCACCGACAUUAAGUGCAGCAUCCGCCCCAAGCGGGUCAACAAAUAUCUCUCGAAACAAUUCUCCAACAGAAGCUGCUCAUGAUCUGCGUAUGAACAGUCCGGAUGAGAGUCCUUUAAAUUCACCGUUAGAACUAGCAUUAGAGCCAGCUGUUAAUCUUGCUGUAGGUGUAAGUGGUAUGGCCUAUAAACCUUCACGAGGCUACUCAUCACCACGGCCUGAACACCUUUUUCAGGAGGACAUAACUGAUCUGGUUGGUCGGACAUCACGUACCUCGAGUAUGACUAAUUUCAAAGAGCCUUCAGGCAGCAUCAAAGUAGAACCGAUUGCUGAAUGCCGAUCCGAGUAAAUCGUGUUAUAUUAGAAAUCACAAUACUUUAGAUUAUGUUCAACGCAUAUUAUAUUAAACACAACCAUAUUUAUAACAUAUUGCUAAAGUAACUGUGCAAUAGUACUGUAAGGAAAUGAGAGAAAUUAUGACCCAAUAGUCUCCGAAGAAAAUGUAUAAUUCGGUGGAGAAUCAAAGGAGCGUGGUGUAUUAACUACCUUUAAGAGACUUUCCUUAUAGAAAUAGGUUAACCCGCUUUCAUUCCGUAUCAAUAAAACCAUUUAAAUAUUUUCAUUUGACAAGAAAAAAGGGGAAAAUACAGUUGAAUUUGAUCUCGUUUACAUUAUUCCUAUCUCUCUAGUGUAGUUCCACUUUGAUAACUACACAUUAUGAAAAUUGUUUUUGAAUCACGGGUAACUAUUAUAUUGUGAAUAUACUCUGGAAACUUUAUUUUUAUUUUUGGAACCUAAUCUAAAGAUCAUUUAAAUGAGGGAAUUUAUUUCUAAUGUUUUAUAGAUCAUACUUUCAUGUUCCUUGUAAAAAAUGCGAUUUUGGAUAUUGUAUGUUAAGAAGUAGCGAUAAUCUAAUUUUUUUAGUUUACCUAACAUUUCAAAGAAUAUGUUUUGAUAAUGUCCAUAUUUUUUUAAUUUAAUUUGAAG